CAUGUCUUCCGCCGACAAAGCCCAAGCCAACAUCGACCAGGCCAAGGCCAACGCUGAGAAGCAAAUCGACGAGGUCAAGAACACCGCUUCUCAGGCCAAGAAGACUUUCCUUCAACGACUCGAGGACGAUGGCGUGUAAGUCGACGUCACCUCAUCUCGUCAACCCCUCAGGUCUCGCCAUGCUCGGCAUCAGCGGCGUCUUCUUCGCUUUCGUGCCCGUCACCAGCUGGUUGGCCCAGCCAUCCGGCCUCCUCGAGCGCGCCGUCAACGGCGUCAUCUCCAGCGUCGCCUACGUGAGCACCGCGGGCGCCAGCGGCACCAUCGCGCCCGCCAACCAGAUCGCCGCCCUGACCGCGCUCUACCUCGGCGUGACCUACGCCAUCUCCGGCGCGGGCUCCGCCGCCGCGACCGCCAGCGGCAACCGUGGCGGCCGCGACAACAACAACCCUCGCGCGCAAAACGCCGACCUCAAGGGUCUCCCGCUGCGCCUGUACUCGGCGCACCACCACCUCGUCGAAUUCUUCCCCUCGUGGGCGAUCGUGGCGGCCUUGACGCAGAUUUCGGCGCCGGGCGAUCAGACUUUGAUCAACCUGCUUGGUCUGCAUGUCAUCUCCAAGGUGUUCGUCCACUACCCUUCAUACCUCCUCAACGUCAGCACCACCCGCUCCCUCGGCCACAUCCUCGCCACCGCCAGCGUAAUCAACGUGGCGGCGCGAUUGGCCAACCAGCGCCUGCUCGCCUUGUAAAUGACUCAAGUUGAUUGUGAAAGAGAGGGGGAGACAACAGAGCGACUUGCAAAUUGAAAGACGGGUCGAACAAACGAAGAUCCACUACAUACAACGAGAGGGCUAGGCAAAGCGAUGACUAAAAACACACGAUAUAUCUAUAUAAUGAACACAUGACGAUUUCUCUUUGGGGAAUGAAUACAUGGAUUGUACACGAUCUUCACGCUCGCAACUUUCAAGUGGGGUCGUUUCGCUUUCUCGAUCGCGUCCACAUGAUAAAGCACCAAUAAGAAAUUGGUGAACCGUUUCUUCACACCUACAGAGUUU